AUGGCACCAUCGUCACCUCAAUCACCCAACCCCGAACUCAACCGGGACCCAUCACCACCAUCCCCCAUCUCAUCCCUAUCUCAUGCUUCGGACGAAGACACUGCCAUGGCCCCUCGACACUCACAUCGGGGUGCUGGACAACGCCCAUCAACUCCCAGACGGGAGGCUGACCUGAGCGAUGUCUUGACUGUACCCCAGAAAGUCGAGCUCACCACCCUCCUCACUGACAUCACCAACUCGAUGCAGCAGAAUAUAGUGCAGGCAUUCGAGGCCUCGAAUCCUGUUGCUUCAGCCUCCCCCAAGGAUGAGCCUGCUUCCAAAGGCCUGUCCUGGAAUCUGGCGGGAAACAUGCUGCCUACAAGCUUUGACUUCAGUAAACUGAAUCUCGGCUUCACCAGUGGUGCAAAGGAGCCCGAACAAGAUUCCGGCCAGGCCAGGGCAGCUUCGACGACCAAGUUGGACGACAAAGCUCGAGCCAUGCUUGACAAAGAGGAGAAGGAGGCAUUGAACACCACCCAAGCUGAGCUCAGAAAGGAGGCACUCGCCUACUUCAAGAAGUGGCAAGCAGCUGUCCUCAAACGCGUUGGCGAUAUCUCCGUUACCAAGGACAACCAAGGUCAGCAGUCUCGGCCAGGCUCUAGCAAAGGACCAAACCCCAAAUUUGCCAACAAGCCCACUUCUGCCACUCCGGCGGCGAAAUCUUCUCAGGCUGGAAAUCAAUCACAGCACACAGCCAAUUCAAUGUCCGUGGAGGAGGCAGAUGCAGCGCUGCUCCAGCUAUACCCCCCCACUGCGACUACGCUUUGUUCCCUUCCCAUGGCCCGACGAACGCUACUCCUCCACUCGCUGCUGCUACUUGUCUUGUCACUCGAGAACUACUCGGCGCUGUCUCGCGUUCUCCUCCUCCGCCUAGCAUCCUCUCUUCAUGUGCCCUUGCAUGUGCUCGCCGAAGACGAGGUCCGUGUUGCCAAGAGCCUCUCCCAGGCUGCUCAGAAACUCUCGGGCGAGGAGGCCACCCAGAAACGGAGUGAGGAGAACAAGAAUGCCCGUCGGUGGAAGGUUGGUAUAGCCAGUGCUGCUGGUGCUGCUCUCAUCGGUGUGACCGGAGGCUUGGCAGCGCCCCUGGUUGCUGCAGGUAUUGGGUCUGUACUCGGAGGAAUCGGACUGGGAACGACCGCCGCGGCUGGACUGCUUGGAACCAUGGCGGAAAGCGGCCUCGUUGUGGGAACGUUGUUCGGCAUCUAUGGUGCAAGAGGAGCUGGGAAAAUGAUGGAUUCAUAUGCCAAGGACAUUCAGGACUUUGCUUUUCUCCCCUUGCACGGAUCAUUGAGGUCGGAGUUCCGCGAGGCCAAGGAGGUGCCCCCAGAGGACCGCAGGCUUCGACUGGUCAUUGGCAUCAGCGGGUGGUUGACCCAGAAGGAAGACAUCGUCAACCCCUGGCGAGCUCUGGGCCAUGAAAGCGAGGUAUACGCUCUCCGGUGGGAACUAGAGGCUCUGAUGAAGAUGGGUACGUCUCUUGAGACUGUGGUCAAGAGCGCCGCGUGGAGUAUUGCAAAGAAGGAGAUCAUCGCUCGCACUAUCUUCGCUAGUCUGCUACAAGCUCUCUGGCCACUCAGCCUGUUGCGGAUCAGCAAGAUUGUCGACAAUCCCUGGAGUGUGGGAAUGGUGCGUGCGGACAAGGCUGGUGUCGUUCUUGCCGAUGCCCUGUUGAACAGGGUACAGGGAGAGCGAGGUGUCACGCUCAUUGGGUACAGUCUGGGCGCGCGCGUCAUCUAUACGUGCCUUAUGAGCCUGGCUGAGCGAAGGGCCUUUGGAAUCGUCGAAAAUGUUGUCCUGAUGGGCACGCCAGCGCCGUCUGAUGGCCGGGUCUGGACGGCUCUGCGAAGUGUUGUUGCAGGACGAGUUGUCAAUGUCUUCUCUGAGAACGAUUAUAUAUUGGCGUUUCUGUACCGCACGAGCAGCAUCCAGUUUGGGGUAGCUGGCCUGCAGCGUAUUGAGGGCACCUCGGGAGUUGAGAACGUCAAUGCCACCGAGCUUGUCAGCGGUCAUCUGCGUUAUCAAUAUCUAGUCGGCACAAUCCUCAGGAAUCUCGGCUGGGAGGACAUCGAUCUGAGACAGGUGGCCCAGGACGAAGAGACUCUGACCCUCGUCGAGGAGAAGCUCGAACAAGAUAGACGCAAGCGAGAGGGCCAGGACGAGGAGGACGAGGCCGCUCAGAUGGAGAAGGAGGUCAAGGAGAAGAAUGAGCAACAGCGAUUGCGGGCCUAG